AUCUGCCGAGCCAGAGACAUCCAUUAUUGGUCAAAGAAUAUGGAUCAGGAUGAAAAUAAGAAAAUGAACUCUGAAAUAACACAGGAGGUUUUCGGCAAUGCGAUUAUGGACUUACAAGCUCCUGGCAUUCCUGAAGAAAUUGUGUUCUCUCACAUGCAUCAAAGAACCCAUAUAGAUGAGUUUGAGUCUUCUCCCAAUAAGUACUGCAAAUAUAUUUUUCCUAAAUGGCAUUUACCAGUGAAAACAGCAUUAAUACUCUCUUUUUUUGUAUUUACUUAUACUUUUCUAAGAGACAUCAUCCAUCCUUUUGUCAAUGCUCAAAAAAACGUAUUUUAUAAAAUUCCAGUCUUGGUCAUAAACAAAGUCUUACCCGUGGUAUCAAUUACUCUUCUGGCCUUGGUUUAUUUACCUGGAAUAUUAGCUGCUGGCUUCCAAUUCCAUUAUGGAACUAAGUAUAGACGUUUUCCACCAUGGUUAGACAGAUGGAUGUUAUCAAGAAAACAGUUUGGGCUUCUGAGCUUCUUUUUUGCUUCCAUGCAUGCCUGUUACAGUUUGUGCUAUCCAUUGAGGAGAUCGUACAGAUACAAACUCUUAAACUGGGCAUAUCAGCAGGUACAGGAAAAAAAGGAAAAUGCCUGGAUUGAACAUGAUGUCUGGAGAAUGGAGAUUUAUGUAUCUCUAGGAAUUCUGGCACUUGCUUUGCUGGCUGUGUUGGCAGUAACAUCAAUUCCAUCUGUCAGCUACUCAUUGACUUGGAGAGAGUUUCAUUAUAUUCAGAGCAAGAUUGGAUAUUUAGCAUUGCUGCUUUGUACUAUUCAUGCACUAGUAUUUGCAUGGGAUAAAUGGAUUGAUCCACACCAGUACUUAUGCUAUACUCCACCCACAUUUAUAAUAGCAGUUAUUCUCCCGAUUGUAGUUCUGACUUGUAAAGUUAUCCUGCUGUUCCCAUGCUUUAGGAAGAGACUACAGAAGAUCAGAUCUGGUUGUGAUGUUGUGACAAAUGAGACACAGAUCACUUCCAAACUGUAGAUUCACUGACCUUUUCCAAAUCCUAAACAAAACAAUUUAUACAUAUAGUUGCACUUCUUUCUACAGGUGCAUGGAGUAAACCUCAUUAGACUUGUUGAGGUUUACUUCUGAAGAUGUAUCUAGGAUCAAACUCCACAAUGGAAAAAUCCACCUACUUUUUUAUAUUUCAGUUUUUACUGAGAAAUGCAGAGAUUGUGCCUCUGAUCGAAUUAUACAAAUUCUAUACAGGAAUUCAUUAAAAAAAACAAAAUUUCAAUUUCUUAUUCAGAACUUUCUUCAGGAAUAUUGUGGAUGUAUAAUAUUUAUAUACUUGAAAUAUGCGUUGUAUUGCAAUCUAAAAUGUGCAGGAUAAUACAUAGACUAAAAAGUAUAAUGUGAACAAUGGGCCAUCGUUGCCUCAGUGUUAUAAUGACUGAAACUCAGUAGGGUAGACACAGUACAUUCUUUUACCCACAAUCUCUCGUUACACAUAGGAAACCCCAUUAAAUAAAUCAAAGAUUUGUAUAUUCAUGUAAGUGCAUGUUCAGAACAACUAAUGCAAUCAGUUAUAUAAAAUACUUUUAAAAACAACUUUUGUAGAAGAUGUCAUUAUAUUGGACUACGGAAUAUAGCAUAUGAAUUUGUUGUCAGAAAAUAGAUGUCUAAUGUGAGUAAAAGCAGAACUAGAAAAGGAAUGAAUUUAUCCACCAGCAUUUGGUGUUCUAACAUAUUAUUCUAUACCUGGAGAUUCUAAGAUAAUUUGUAGUACUUGAAAAAGAGAUGCAUGAAUCUUUUAAAGCCACUUUAGGUUUGGCAUGUUUGGCAUAUUUGGUUUAUAUAACUCUUGUCAGUUGUGAGCACUACUAGUUAUGUUAGUUUGCUGAUGCAAGAGCCAAACAAAUGCAGAAAAUGCAGCUUUGGUCUUAACAAUAUAGUUAACUUAUGACUGAAAGAAGUUUGGGCAUGGAUUGAUCUGGCAUUUCUCAACUUUUAUGUUUUUUGGAGGAAUGAUUUCCAUCUGCAAAGUUGAGGUCUAAUUAGUAAGGAUGAUUAUUCUGAAAUCUGGAAAAUAUUCUCAUUUUCUUUUCAUUAUAUUCUUAAAAUUAUAUUGUGAAUUGAACAAUGAAAUAUAAAUUUAUGUAAAAGUAGUUAUUAGUAUACUUUUUGUAAGAAUGUAUGCAAUA